UUUCAAUCAACCGUUAAUUCAAUUCAAUCGAUAAUAACUCUCUCCCCCCAAAUUCCCCAAAUAAGUCCUUUCUUCCCUCCCCCGACGCCAUAAUCAGAUCUCCCUCUCUCUCUAUCGCGGGGGUUCGAUAGCUCUCUCGAGCUCUUCAGCUGCGCAACCAACCAUGCAGAUGGCUCCCCUCCCGUCGGAGAACGGCAUAGACGGUGACGACGAGCGGGAAGACGAGGAGGAGGAAGAGGAAGAGGAAGAGGAAGAAGAAGAGGAGGAGGAGGAGGAGGAGGAAGAAGAAGAGGAGCCGAGGCUCAAGUACCAGAGAAUGGGAGGCAGCAUACCUUCCCUGCUCUCCAACGACGCCGCCUCCUGUAUUGCCGUUGCCGAGCGCAUGAUCGCGCUCGGCACUCACGACGGCACCGUCCACAUCCUCGAUUUCCUUGGCAAUCAGGUGAAAGAAUUUGCCGCUCAUUCUGCCACUGUCAACGAUCUUAGCUUCGACAUAGAAGGCGAGUACAUCGGGAGCUGUUCUGAUGAUGGGUCUGUAGUGAUAAACGGCCUUUUCAUUGAGGAGCGGAUGAAGUUUGAUUAUCAUCGACCUAUGAAAGCUAUUGCUUUGGACCCUGAAUAUUCCAGAAAAGCAUCUCGACGAUUUGUGACUGGUGGUUUGGCUGGCCAUUUGGAUUUUAACUCGAAGAAAUGGCUAGGGUAUCGGGACCAGGUUUUACAUUCUGGUGAAGGUCCAAUACAUACGGUGAAGUGGAGGACUAGUUUAAUUGCUUGGGCCAAUGAUGCUGGUGUCAAAGUUUAUGAUACGGCAAACGAUCAGCGUAUCACAUUUAUCGAAAGACCGAGAGGAAGCCCAAGGCCGGAGCUUCUCCUCCCACAUUUAGUUUGGCAGGAUGACACACUGUUGGUCAUUGGCUGGGGUACAUCUGUGAAAAUUGCAUCCAUUAGGACCAAUACACAGAAUGGGGCCAAUGGGACCUACAGCCGCAUUCCUGUCUCCAGCAUGAACCAGGUGGAUAUCGUGGCAUCGUUUCAAACAAGCUAUUACAUUUCAGGAAUUGCUCCCUUUGGUGACUCUUUGGUUGUUCUAGCUUACAUUCCUGGUGAAGAAGAUGGGGAGAAGGACUUCAGCAGUAGCCUCCCAUCUAGGCAGCAGGGAAAUGCACAGAGGCCGGAGGUGCGUGUAGUAACUUGGAACAAUGAUGAACUUGCUACAGAUGCGCUUCCUGUGCUUGGUUUUGAGCAUUACAAGGCAAAGGAUUAUUCGCUUGCUCAUGCUCCUUUUUCAGGUAGCAGUUAUGCUGGGGGCCAGUGGGCUGCUGGUGAUGAGCCACUGUACUAUAUUGUAUCUCCCAAAGAUGUAGUUAUUGCAAAACCAAGGGAUGCUGAAGAUCAUAUCUCAUGGCUACUUCAACAUGGCUGGCAUGAAAAAGCUUUAGCAGCAGUUGAAGCUGGGCAAGGACGAAGUGAACUCCUCGAUGAGGUGGGAUCUAGGUAUCUCGAUCACUUAAUUGUGGAAAGGAAAUAUGCUGAAGCGGCUUCCUUGUGUCCCAAAUUGUUGCGUGGAUCUGCUUCUGCAUGGGAGAGAUGGGUUUUCCACUUUGCUCAUCUCCGUCAGCUCCCGGUGCUAGUUCCGUACAUACCAACAGAAAACCCAAGAUUGCGUGAUACAGCAUAUGAGGUUGCUCUUGUGGCUUUGGCAACAAAUCCAUCUUUUCACAAGGAGCUACUAUCGACUGUGAAAUCUUGGCCUUCAACUAUUUAUUCUGCCUUGCCUGUGAUCUCAGCCAUUGAACCACAACUCAAUACUUCAUCAAUGACUGACGCUCUAAAAGAGGCUCUAGCGGAGUUGUAUGUAAUUGAUGGGCAAUAUGAGAAAGCCUUUUCUCUAUAUGCUGAUCUUAUGAAGCCUGAUAUUUUCGAUUUCAUCGAGAAACAUGACUUGCAAGAUGCCAUCCGUGAGAAGGUCGUGCAAUUGAUGAUGCUUGACCCUAAGCGUGCAGUCCCCUUGUUUAUCCAAAACAGGGACUUGAUUACUCCAUCUGAAGUUGUUUUGCAACUUAUGAGUGCUCAAGAUAAGUGCGACUCGAGAUAUUUCUUGCAUUUGUAUUUACAUGUACUAUUUGAAGUAAACCCACAUGCUGGAAGAGAUUUCCAAGACAUGCAGGUGGAGCUUUAUGCGGACUGUGAUCCAAAGAUGCUUCUUCCUUUUCUCCGGAGCAGUCAGCACUAUACACUUGAGAAGGCUUAUGACAUUUGCGUCAAAAGAGAUCUUGUAAAGGAACAGGUUUUCAUUCUUGGAAGGAUGGGAAAUUCAAAACAAGCCCUUGCUGUGAUAAUAAAUAAUUUGGGAGACAUAGAAGAGGCAGUUGAAUUCGUGACAAUGCAACACGAUGAUGACCUAUGGGAAGAAUUGAUUAAACAAUGUCUAAACAAACCCGAGAUGGUUGGAAUGCUGCUAGAGCACACUGUUGGGAAUCUCGAUCCCCUUUACAUCGUAAAUAUGGUUCCAAAUGGCCUAGAGAUACCCAAGCUAAGAGAUCGUCUUGUUAAAAUCAUCACCGACUACAGGACCGAGACAUCUCUCAGACAUGGAUGCAAUGAUAUUCUGAAGGCCGAUUGUGUGAACCUCCUGGUUAAAUACUACAAAGAGGCUAGACAUGGCGUGUACUUGAGCAGCGAAGAGGGGGAAGCUCGGGCAAAGAGAGACGACCACAGGGCCUCUUCUCAGGACACCGUAAAACCAUUGACACUCAAGAACAGUGAGGUCAAGUCAAGGACUCGAGGACCUGCGAGAUGCUGCAUCUGUUUCGAUCCGUUCUCUAUACAGGGCUUGUCAGUGGUAGUCUUCUUCUGCUGCCAUGCAUAUCACGAGGCUUGCCUGUUGGAUUCUUUGUAUACAAUUGACAGCAAGAAGGGAAGCAAAGAUGGUUCUUCCCAGAGGACGAUGUCAGAUUACGGGUAUGAUGACGGUAAUGAUGAGGAAGAUGAGGAUGAAGAUGAGUCUGCUACCAAUCGUAUGCGGUGUAUUUUGUGCACCACGGCUGCUAGUUGAGUUUUGGCUGUGGGUGUGUAUUUCCGGCUUUGAUUGUUAUUGUUUGGGGGUUUCCGGGUUUUCUUUGGGUCAUAAUAUUUUUGGUGUGCAGUAGUCUUUUUAUUUUCCCUCCUUUUUCUCUGAGUUUAAUGUUAACUAUCAUCGUUAUUAUUGUAUCAUAGUAUAUAUAUAUAUAUAUAUAUAUAUAUAUGGGGAAAAGUAUAGAAAUCCCUUGUGGGUUUGAUUUUGUGACAAAUUGGAUCUUGUGAUUUUUUGAGAACUGUGACUCAUUUCGUGAGAUAUAAUGAACAUCACCGUUAAUUUUUUCGUCA